CAUUCCAGAGAAAAGAGCUGCAAAGUAACAACCAAUAGAAUCUAUUAUCAGUAACCAAUCAUAUUCAAUGUCACACUGCGAUAUGGAAGAUUGGCGUCGGUUAUGGAUCGAGUUGAUAUUCUCAGUAUAAUUUUCUUUUGAGGUAUCAACAGAGUAAGAGUACACUCUUAAGACAGAAUCAGAUUGUCAAGGAAGAAAUAUGCCAGAGAGAAACUUUCGUAAAUCCCCAGCUCGAGCAGCUGCUGCAGCAGCAGCAGCAGCAGCAGCCGAGAAUUCAGUCCCUCUCAGACGAAGAUCUCCAGCUCGCCGUGCUGAAAGGUCUCCAGCUCGCCGUACUGAAAGGUCUCCAGCCCGUCGGUCUGAAAGGUCUCCAUCACGUCGGUCAGAAAGGUCUCCAUCACGUCGUUCUGAAAAGUCACCAUCUCGUCGUGCUGAAAAGUCACCAAGUCGGACACCUCAGAAACAGUCUCCAUCAAAGAAAUCACCAAGCGAGAGAAAAUCCCCUGCUCGCGUGCGAAAGUCUCUUGCAAGAAAUGUGCCAAAUAUUGUAAUUCCACCCAAGGAAGAAAUAAUUCAACAGCGAUCAGUGGUUCUGCACAACCAUGCCUCAGGAGAUGGACUUGAUUUUCUGAGCAAUGUAAGGAGAUCAAGAGAGCCAUCUUUACCAUCUGUUCUAAGAAGAUCCACAAGAAUUGCAGUACAUGAGGAGUUUGAAGACAGAUUGGAAGAAACAAAGAGAAUUGAACAAUUAAAGGUAUCCAUCAACGCAGAAGUGGAGUAUCCUGAAAAGCUGUCAUUGAAGUUAGAAAAUCAUGAAGUUAAGGAAUUUGGUGGUGUAUUUGGAGUUCUGCUGUUGCAAAUUAUUUCACAACUACUAUUGUUGGCAACUCAUUUAUACUGUUCUGAGGUACAGUAUGGAGUGAACAAUUUUAGAAUCCCAUUUGACUGGAGAGUGUAUUUUGACUUGGAAGUAGCUGCAUUGUAUCUUGGAUUCGUAGUACUACAGUUGGUGAUGUCUAUUAUACCAGUGGGAAAACUUGUUGAUGGAUUGCCAGAUAAAUUGGGCAGACUUAAAUACCGGAACAAUGGGUUACUGAGUGCCAUUGUCACUGUAGCAAUACUUGCAGUUCUUAAAUAUUUCAAGUUCACUGUGACAAUUAUUGCUGACAAGUACAUUCAGUUCUUUGUCACUGGACUGGUAUAUGCAUAUAUCCUUGCUUUACUGCUAUAUAUUCGGGGAGGACGAGCUCAUAUAGUGGCUCAGAAUCCAUUCGCAAUGACAGGUAGUUUCAUAUAUGACUUCUGGAUGGGCAGAGAGGUGAAUCCUCGUAUUGGACCGUUUGAUGUGAAAGUUGGUCUGUAUAGAACUGGAAUCAUAGGAAUGAUUGUGGUGAAUGCUGCAUUGAUACUUAAAAGUCUGGAACAGAGUAGUGGGUAUUCACCCACUCUACUACUUGCUGGUGGACUUCAAAUUUGGUAUGCGCUAGAUUUUCUUUGGUUCGAGGACGGUUUUCUGGCCAGCUUUGAAGUUAUGUAUGAAGGCACAGGUUACAUGUUGGCACUGGGCUAUAACAUGUAUCCUUUCAUACCAACCAUCAUCACAAGAUUUGUGCUUAUCUACAGGGUGGAGAUUCCCUUGUAUUGUUUAGCUGUUAUUGCCAUCGUCAAUGCUAUCGGUUAUGUAAUUUACCGAGGUAGUAAUUCGCAGAAGAGUGAAUUCAGAAGAAAUCCAUUGAAUCCUGCUUUGGCUCACUUGGAAACAAUACCAACAUCUCGUGGAAAGAAGAUUCUGGUUUCUGGGUGGUGGGGCUGGGUGCGACAUCCAAAUUACCUUGGUGAUAUUAUCAUGCAUUGGUCAUGGGCCAGCACUUGUGGCCUUGUUCAUCCUGUGCCAUAUGUGACAGUGCCCUUCUUCACAAUGUUGCUGUUGCUUCACAGAGCUAAGAGGGAUGAUUCACGUUGUAAACAGCGUUACAGUGCAGCCUGGGAUCGAUACAGCAACCGUGUUAAAUACCGUGUCAUACCAAAGGUCUAUUGACCAUUGAGAAGCACACUUUGAAAUGCUCAAACCAUGACAGGUCAAAUAUUUUUUGGUUAGUAGUUGAUCUCAGUAGGAGAAUAAUUUUACUUCUUUUUUUCUUUCUUUGUUUUUUAUGUUACAAGAAGAGUGUGUUAAAAUAUUAUGAGUUUAUAAGAGAAAGAGAAUAAUAGGACAGUCUAAUGAAAUUUAACAUCAUUUUUAUUAUUUACAUAUCAGGUUAUUUUAUCUGAUGUCAUUCAGAAAAUUAGAUUGGUGUGCAGUAUUCUGACUAGGCAUUGUCUUGUCAUACUACAUAUAAUUGAUCAUAGCUAUUACUUUUUUAAGGCUUUUUCUGUUUAAAAUUAUGCUUGUCCAAGAGAAUGCAAAAUACUUCCCUGAUAAUGAUAAUGUGUGUUAAGCUUUUAUCUAAACUAAGACCGUCCGGAUUGUUGCCUUACAUAGACAUUAAAAUUUUAGAAUGAUUCGCAGUAUAUCUGUAAUUUCUAUGUAUUGGUCUGGGUGUGAUUGUAGAUAUUUUUAUAGCAGGUCAUGAUAUGUUUAUUUUCAGAUUAAUAAACAUUAUUCUUGGCAUCACUCAAAAUGUGCCAUACAUUUCUUUUCAUAAGUCAUAAAUGUAUAUUAUACAUAAAUGUGCCUCAUGAAUGAUUAAAUUUUCAAUAGCACACAUUAUUCAUAGUUUUAAUUUGACAUCACCAGAUAUUUCAACUUUUGGUUCAGUUAAAUGUAAAUUUUUGCAAAUAAAUGAUAUGUUGUGGAUUCAGUACCUAUACCUAGUUGUGAGUUGAUUCCUAUUGAUCAGAGAAAGAACAUUAACUAAUCAAUGUUAUGCAGUGGAGUGAGCCAAAGAAUAAGGUCUGCAUAGGGACAUAGGUUUUAUUACAUAUUCUGUUACUUUAAGUUAAACAGUGUACCUGUAAAAGAUGUCUGGACCAGUGUCACUUUUGUAGAUAUUUAUGGACUGUGUAAGUUAGGUAGUGGUUUCCAACCUGAGAAGAUUCCUUUGGAAUUUGGAGCUAAGCUCUGAAUGUAAGUGUACAGUUUAGGCACAUGCAGGAAGGUUUCCUUUCAUUAGGCAUGACAAAACUGUUAGUGCAUUGGAUGCUGCUGUCUUUCAUUCAGGAGAUACAUGGUUGAAAUCUUUGCCAUGACUAACUUUCCUGAUAUUUUGAAUGGUUGAAAAGGUAAUCCUGCAUUCCUUGUAAACCGCUGACUCUAAACUUAUUAAAUAAAUAGUAUAUUUAUGAGCGGGGGGAAAAAGCGUUUCUUAUCUGGUUGGUAGUGAAUAUAAUUUUACAAUUGAUGAUUUUCACAAAUCCUUUUGAAAUCGUGCAUCUCAGUAAACUUGUUAUAAGAAUUUGAAAGAAAGUGUAUUGAUUAUGUCAGUAAAUCCAAGAUUUUCCAUAGUAAUUUUUAGUUUUUAUCAGUGAACUUCUGCUUGUAGUUCCCUUGAAUUGUCAAAAGAUUACAAAUGAGGUUUCUUUUCACUAAUACUGACACACCAAGCAAUUGAAAUUUGGAUUUCAUUGUGCCAAGGUUUCUUCAUUUUUCUUUAUUUCCAUCUCUUUUGUGCUUACAUGGUCAUGCCUAGAAAUUAAUUUGAUCAUACAUAACUUUACAAAUGUUUUAUUCAUUCCUUUGUUCUGAAAGAAAGUUGAUGGUAUUGCAAAAUGGAAGUAUGAAGGAAAGAAUUGAAUUUUUGUGUACUUGAUGUGAAGGUUGGGAACUACUCUCGUGUAAGAUGCCGGUGGUAUUCAUAUCACAGAAAAAUGUUUAAUUUACUUUUCCCAUUAGAAUUUUUUAAGAUUAUGGAAAUUAUAAGAGUAAUCUUGUUAGCAAAGAUAUUUUAUUGUUACGAUUUAAUAUAAAGAUGGUUAUAUUAGCUUGUAUGUAGCACAGAUGAAAAUUUAUAUCCAAAGAUAUUUUACUUAUGUCAUGCUGAACUUAUUGUAACACUUAAGAUUUGAUCAUGGGAUAACUCAUCUUAGUCUGAAAUUUUACUGUAUUUUCAGUUGUUUUAUAUGAAUUGAAAUAUAUAUGGAGAAUAUUUGAAAGAGCACUGUAGAAAAUAAGAAAAAGUGCCCUUCAUAGGAUGACAGUGAAAGAAAAAUAUAAUUAGAUGACACAGAAUAUUGUGUAGAAGUUUAUAGUAUAGAGAAUAGUGUCAUUGCCAAUUGAAAUGAAGCAAACCAUGCUAGUACAGAGUGUUAAGUGUUCUCAGAAUAAUAACACUUCAUUUUGACUGACUGGUUCUAUUGUUUUAAAGCGGGCCUUAUCGUUGACAAAACAGCAUGAUAAAGGACAGAUGACAACAGGAUCAGUCCAACUUUUAAAUUUCUGUCAUCCCAUUCAUUAUGAUCUCCAUAUUGGAUCACUGCAUUACGAUUGUUGAUCCAAUCCUCAGGAAUAUUGGUAUAAUUGUUAAACCAAUAACAAGCCCAUAUAUUUCUUUGCACCAAGUGAGAUUUUUUCCUCACUCUGAAAGCAUGUACAGUAUUGUGGUCCUUACCACAGGUUUUAGAUUUGUUGAUCUGGUAGUACAAGUGGGAGUACAUAGCAAUAUACAGUACUAUAUUACUUUACGGGGAAAAGGUUUCUUUCUUGUUAUACGUGUAUGCGAAGAGUUUAGUAACUGUAUUACUUUGAACUAGUUAAAGAUGAGUUACAAAUGGGAAUACAUAACGGUUGAUUGAAUGUCACAUGGUUUUGUAUUCAUUUUCCUUUGAACAAGGUGUACUGUUAUUCCUUGAAGAUCAUGAUUUGACAUACAUUAUUUUUCAUGCUGAUUUCAAAUGUGGUGUGUAUAAAUAGGUUAUUUCCUGGACCUUUAUUUCAUGACCAUGCAUAUCAUCUCAUACUGUGCUGAUCCAAGCAUGUAAUAUUACAUACUGAAAUAUUCAAAUGACUGUGGUCAGUGGUGGAUUUUCAAGGAAAGUAACUCACCAUUUACUGCAAGAGAGCUGUUGCAACUCUUUACAAAUUCUUUCCAUCUGUUUAUGCAAGCAGGUUUAAACUUCAUAAUUAAGGUUUUGAGUGAAGUAGCAUUUUGUGAGGAAUCUUGACUCCACUACUGAUUUGUUUAUACAUAAUACAGUAUUGAUAGUUAAGUAUUUACCUUGCCAGUAGUAUUAGUGUAGGUUUUCACAUUAUGUUAAUAUAGAAACAUUUUUAUGAUUUUAUUGCUUGUUUUAUUGUAUAAUAAGCAUUUCUGUUUCGAACCGAAGUAUUAGAGGACAAAGGCAAAUGUUA